AUGGCAGACAGUUGCUGUUCCGGAAACUCCACAGCUGUUCCAGCUGCGCCCACCAUCUCCACAAGCUCCAAAGGUGGCUGCCUUAGAAAUACGAUCCGUUUACCCAGUUCCUGCCGAUGUAGGACGUGGCAAUUGGUUACCCACCAAGAAAACCGUCAAGGACCCGACAGUGCCCCAGUUAACUCUGAACCUGUUUCUCGUCCAUCAACCUGCUUUCCAGAAACUUCCUGUGUGGGUUUUGUUUGCCAACCCAUAGGUUCACAAGCAGCCUGCUGUGCAUCUGACUCCGGAGGGACUCCUCAUUCUGCUGCCUCAUGCCAGCCCUCCUGUCUGGAAUCUGCCGGUUGUCACACGCUGUGCUGUGAGAACAGCUUCUGCUGCCAGAGCUCCUGCCAGGAGUCUGCCUGCACAUCAGGGUCAUGCCAGACAGCAUGUGGCCCAUCCGCUUCCUGUGAUGAUGGAUCCUGUCAGCCAUCCUGCUUUGAAACAACAUCCUGUGAUGAGACCCCGUGUCUACCUGCUAGCUGUGAGGCUGGCUCGUGCCAACCAACCAGCUGCCAAGGAGGGUCAUGUCAACCCACCGAAGGUGAAGGUCAACUCUGUCAGUCAGUUUAUUACCAACCUAUUUGCUAUGUUCUUACGUCCUGCCAGUCAGCUCCCUGCAUGCCUGUCUCCUGCCAGCCAUUAGCUUGUAUGUGUUCUUGCAGGCAAACUUGCUGUGCGCCUUCCCCUUGCCAGCCAUGUCACUGUCAAACAACGCCUAUCAUCUCCUUCAUCUGCCAACCAGUGGCUCCCUGCCAGUCCCCUUGUUUUGUAAAGAGCAGCGGUAAAUCAGCAUCAUGUGUUAUGAUUUCUGGCCAAUCAAUUUGUGGUGGACCCACUCUCGAUCAGAGUGGCUGCCAAUCUCCUUCCUUCCAGCCCCCGUGCUGUGUGACUGGUUUAGGCAAACCUUCCAGCAGUGGUCCCGGUUGCUGUCCACUGACUUCUCCGGACAUAUGCCAAGCGGGCACCUGUGGGCCCACUUCCUGA